AUGGGUCAGCUUGGUGCGGGCGAUAUAGCCGCGCACCACCGCAUAGUGCGGGUACGAGUGCCGCGCGCCUCCGCCGUGGCCGCCGGCAGUAACCAUACCGCCGUACUCACGCGUGACGGCGAACUAUUCACCUUCGGCUGCUACCAGAAAGGUUCUCUCGGCCGACCGCGUAUUGAUGAUCCUAAUCGACCAGAGCGAAGUGCUCUAUGGUACGCAACUCCUGGUCGCGUGGCCCGUCUUGGACAUCGUCACGCCUGCAGGGCCGUUUGGGUUUCAGCUUCUGGUGAUCAGACGUUUGUUCAGGUCUCACAGUCUCUCAUCAAAACGGACACGCUCUUCAGUUCGACGAUAACCGCAAAUAACAACAGUAUUGUUAUACUCCCCAAUCGUCCAGAGCACACUUUUAAGUGUAUAACGAUUAACAAACUGGAUGGCGCGUGCAACGCGUGGACUGGAUCAGAGCAAGUAGACUUUGUGAACACACUGGCCAGUCUUGAUCCGCUUUAUGACGUGCUUUGGUGCUAUCAGCCUCAGAUGCGAGUCAUGAAGUGUUACAAUAUUUUAGCUUUUAACGCUAAUAAGCUGCAGCGUUGCUUCAACGACCCUGACUUUAACAUCGAUCCAGACUUCGAAUUCCCUAACUAUGGUAUCAUGCGGAGGCUGGAUGAAUUCAAAGAUCUUGAGACCUUUGAUAUGUAUCGCAGUAAUGAAGAAAAGGCUCCAGAGAAUCUCGCACUCACCAAUAUGUCUGUGCUUAAUCAAGAUCUAGCAAUUCCAUAUGUGCCAGAAUGUUCUGUGACUAGAAUGCAUGCUGCUCUACAUUUGCUUGGCUGUCUGGAUUCUCUCACUUAUGCACAUGAUAAUAAGAUAACUGUGACAGAAUGCAAGCAAGAGAGCACCACUGCUCCCGUUGCACCUGUCAUGGAAGACUUCCUGACUGUCAAUCGCUUCGAAAGCCAUGGUGGUGGCUGGGGCUACUCUGGACAUUCCGUAGAGGCUAUACGGUUUAUGUGCGACACAGACGUUGUAUUGGGCGGGUACGGUUUAUUCGGCGGGCGCGGUGAUUACACAGCUAAGAUCAAAUUGUUCGACAUCGGACCAGACGGCGGCGACCAGGAAGGCGAUGGGAAAUUGCUUGCAGAGAGUGACGAAAUUGUAUACGAAUGCGCGCCAAGAGAUAGAUUUCCAGUGUUGUUCGAAACUCCUGUGUCUCUUACGGCUAAUAGAUGGUACGUAGCUUGGGCUUGCGUUAACGGACCUUCAUCAGACUGCGGUUCUUCCGGGCAAGCGAUGGUCAUCAAUGACGAGGUUGGAUUUCACUUCAAGACUUCCAAAAAGUCCAACAAUGGUACGGACGUAAACGCCGGUCAGAUCCCCUGCCUGCUUUACAACGUUGUGAGCGCCGACCAAGCUUUACCAAUACGAGCCGUCGAGGUUUUUGAACCAGUGAUAGUGCUUUCAAAGAACGUCUCUCGGAAGGUCAGUGUCACCUGUUUCAAGUCCCUUAUAACCUUGAUGCAGUGGAGCUGGAAAUCUUUUAGAGACACCGUCAUUGAGACUAACGGCUUAGUGCCAAUAAAUUAUCAGAAAUUGACCAUGAUGAAACAUCAGAAACGACUCGUAUACGUAAUCAGAGCUUGUCUGAGACUUGUGAAAUCUUAUAUUAAUGAGAUAUACCCACAGAAUAACAAGAGAAGAAAUUCACAUGAGUAUAUGUCUUACUUCGAAGCGAUCGGAGAUGUGCGUAACUUCAUCCAGCAAAUAUUGGCUGAGGCAACACCAACCUGCGCCAUGUUGCCCCGUAGACCUGGAAAGUCGAGAGUUCAUAGAGUUUGCCUAGUUCAGUUCGCAUUAGAGUUGACGAAUUCGAUUCUGAAAGAAGCUCACGAAACUGUCACUUCAUGUUUCCAUGCGUUUUUCCCAACGCCUACGCUGAAGUGGAACCAUCUUUGUUCGUUGCUGUUUCAUGUCAGGGAUGGUAAAGUGCCAACAGUUUAUGUUCGUGAGUUAACAUCCACUUGCGCGGCAAUGUGCGGCUCCCGUAGCUUACUAGAUGUACUACAAUACAUCGUGCCGGUGACGCAAUGUUGUCUGAUUGCCGAAGAAGCGCGUCGUGGCGACCGCCCCGAUUCCAAGGUGCUAAAGGAUGUGCCGUCCAAAUCGGCCACGGUACCUCGAUCGUCGCACCCUCUGAAGCCUCCGCCAAUUCCACCAAGAACAAAUAACAGGGACUUGCAGAGGCUGCAAGACCCGUCAAAUACAAGAUCGAGCCACAUCGACUGGCACUUAAUGGAUGUGGUGCCUCGGCUUUUGGAUAUCGUAUUGAUUCCUAUAAAACAGCAGAUGAUGACACGUCAAUGCGGCAAACCCCAUGAUCACGGCGAAAUUGCCCAACAGGAUCGCCUUGCAGAAUUCUGUUGCAAGCUUGUGGCUAGAAUUGUGGCUGAGCUUUCUUAUAGUGCUACAGAGAUCCGGGAGGAUCCAGACUCGAAUUCCGUGAAACAUUUGAUCACACCGUCCCGCUUCAUACGCGUGAAUCAGUCCCGUGCGUGGAACACGGGCAAUGGUAGUCCCGAUGCGAUCUGUUUUACAGUGGACCGGCCUGGAAUCAUGUUGGUGGGCGCUUGCGUUUACGGCGGCCUUGGCAACUAUGAAUACACGCUCGAGCUACUACACGAUAUUCGCACCAACACGGAGGAACCGAAGCCGUCACACUGUUGGAUCAGCGUUGAGGUUGUUCAUGGAUCGUUCGCCGGCUCAGACUGUCAGCACGACAUAGUGCCCAUCAAGUUUGAGCGACCAGCGCUUUUGAAGGAGGAGUAUCGGUACGCGCUCAGGUUGUGUAACCAUGGCGGACGCACGGUCAACGGCGACUGUGGACUGCCGUCGGUAAAGGGGCCCGAUGGCACUACCUUCCACUUCGCUUCCUGCUCACUUAGUUUCAACGGCACUACACUGGCGAGGGGGCAGAUACCAAGUCUCAUUUACUAUGGGACAAAUUCGCUGACGAACGCGCCCGAGAGUGCGGAUGCCAUAGCGUCUACGCUGCGUUCUAUGACGCUUCGUGUUUCUUCGAUGGUAUUGGAGCGCGAAGCUGAACUGCUCUGUUCGUUACGUAAUGAGCUGACUGAGGAGGACCUACGUCGGAACGCAGCUGUACUGCAGAACUCGCCCGCGGUCAAUAUACUGCUUCCGUACACACUCGCUAACCUCGAUGGGCUCGACGAUGCUAAGACCGCAGUCAAACUAUUGGAGAUGAUUCACAAGAUACUACCCCACGUGACGGCAAUAAAUCUGUUGCUCCCAACCGCUGAGGAACCAAAUACAAACAAUACUCACUACUACACAUGGGUGGAGAGUGACCACCCAUACAAGCAGGCUACUGUCACCAAUAUGAGAGUUCUUUUUCCAUCAACGGUGUCUUGGGUUGUUUUGGAAAUGGAUCCUCGCAGUAUUACUGCACAACCUGAAGACACUUUGACUAUCUUUGCCGCCGCUGGUACCCCUAAACAGAAGUGUCAAUGUGUACAAGAAUCUCGCAUCUCUGAGUCGCCUUUCCGCAAGCGUCUCGUUCAAUUAACGUCGGAAGAAGGUGAACCUGAAGAACUAAGUGACGAAGGGGAUCCUGAAUCCAGCUGCACCCACCAUAACAGAUCCUACAUAAGCGUUAUGCCGCGAUUAGCUAAUGUAAUUUCUGAAUAUCCACAAAACGCAUUUGUCGUACCGGGAAAUGAGGUUAUAUUUUCAUUGGAGACAGCCUCUGAUUACCUGAGCGAUUACAGCAAAACUGAUAAUAAUAAAGGCGACUGCCGUUACGGAUUCCGUUGUCUGUGCGUGGGCUAUGAGGACUCGCCUUUCACGACACAACGUCAGGGUCUCCUCUUGUUGGAGAUGGAGCUGGUGUACGCCGGGGCAGCUUGCGCUUCGCGCCUCUUGGCACCUGACUUGGAAUUACCAUCAAUGACCUUAAUGACCCUCACUGACAUUCAAAUCAUGACAAUGUUGGGGAAUCCGCGAGAAGGCGACCCUCCCUUGGACAACACCGAGCUAUAUUUUAUACAUCGUGGCUUGGAGCUAUCUUUACCACCCACCAUCCAUCAAGUGUUGGAUGGACAGCCACUGCCGCGCUAUUACACUGCUGGACAAGUUUCUUAUAGUAGCGACCAUUUGCGGCAGGCGCCCCGUUUCGCCGAUGGUUUGGCGUACAUACUACCUUACAUUCAAACCGUUGAUUGGCUUAUAGCUUAUACAUAA